AUGUUGUUGCUAUUUGAAAUUUCUGGUUCUGGAGUUGUAGACUAUUAAGUAUUAGGAGAUGAUGUUAAUGUAGUUUAUGAUAUUUCUGAUUAAGGCAUUGAUGAAUCACUAACGUUUGAAAUUUAAGGUUCUAAAGUAGUUAAGGUAAGUAUUCAUUCACUUUCUGUUGUUAUUGAGGACGGAGUUGUAGUUGUUAUUUCAGGCGUGGGUAUUGUUGUAGUUUCUGUUUCUGCUGUAGUUGAGGUGAAAGUGGUUUCUGUGGUUUAUGUGGUUUCUGGUUCAGAUGAAGUAAAUGUAGAUGAAGUUGUUGCUGUUAUAGUUUCAUGUUCAGAUGUUGCUGAUGUUGUGGUUAUUGUAAUCUCAGGUUCAGAAGUGGUAGAAAAUGUCGUUGAGGUUGCUGUGGUGUUAGGUUCUGGUGUGUUGGUUGAUGUUGUAGUUGUUGUGGCAUCAGGUUCUGGUGUAGUUGAUGUCGUAGUUGUAAUUGUGUCUGGCAAUGAUGUGGUUGUUGAAGUAGUGGUAGUUGUGGUUGUUGUAGUUUCUGGUUCUGGUGUUGUUGAUAAUGUAGUUAUUAUUGUUGUAGUAGUUUAGUUGUAGUGGUAGUUGUGA